AUGGAGGACGAGUCGAGUUCGACAGAAGCUGCUAAUUGGACAACGAGCUACAGUGACGUGCCUAACCUCUACAUCACUUUUUAUGAUGAAACUAACAAAAGAUAUUACAAUCACACGGGGAUUGAAACUGAGUUCUACCAGUCGUUUAUCCUACCAUGGUGGCGCCAAGUGUUGUGGACGGUGCUUUUCGCCGGCAUGGUGGUGGUGGCGACGGUGGGCAACAUCGUCGUCAUAUGGAUCGUUCUGGCCAACAAGCGGAUGAGGAGUGUUACCAAUUAUUUUUUGGUAAAUCUUUCAGUGGCGGACGCGAUGGUGUCAACUCUGAACGUGACCUUUAAUUUCACAUACAUGCUGUAUUCGGACUGGCCUUUCGGUCACUUCUACUGCAAAUUCUGCCAGUUCAUCGCCGUGCUCAGCAUAACCGCUUCUGUCUUCACUCUAAUGGCCAUCAGCAUUGACCGAUAUGUUGCUAUAAUGAAACCUCUCAGACCAAGACUGGGCAAGAGGGCGACUCUCGGCAUAGCUGCAGCUAUAUGGGCAGGCAGUUCCAUCAUCAGCAGUCCCAACUUUAUUUACUUUACGAUUUUCGAGGAGAAAUUCGAGGAUGGUACAAACAGACGAGUGUGUUUCGCCCAGUGGCCCGACGGCAACACAACGUAUUCUAAUAUCGAAUAUGGAUACAACGUAACGUUUAUGAUACUGACGUACUUCCUGCCCAUAAUAUCUAUGACGUACACAUACGCGAAGGUCGGAGUGGAGCUAUGGGGUUCCAAGUCUAUCGGGGAGUGCACACAGCGUCAACUAGACAACGUUAAGAGCAAACGGAGGGUUGUCAAAAUGAUGAUGGUCGUCGUAGUAAUAUUUGCGGUGUGUUGGCUACCCUUCCACGUUUACUUCUUGAUCACCUCUUACUACCCUGAGGUUGUCAACUAUCGCUACAUUCAAGAAAUAUACCUCGGCAUAUACUGGUUGGCGAUGAGUAACUCCAUGUACAAUCCUAUCAUUUACUGCUGGAUGAACUCCAAGUUCAGACGAGGCUUCAAACAAUUCUUCUGGUGUUGUGGUGUUUUUGGUGGCGGUUUCGGUAGACGUGCUUUCGGGCCCGACCGCCUUGAUCGUUCCAUGCGCUCUUUCUCCCCCAGUAGGAAGAACGGCACCAGUACAAUUCGAAUUUCAUUACAUAGCACGUACAACAAUCCGCUGAAGAGCAGCAUUUGACAGCAACGCGGGGCGUGCGGCAUGCACAGCGACCGCGGCACGACUGAGGCCCAGACGCACGGCGAGGAGCGGACGUGGAUAUGACGGGAGAAUCGCCCGCGCCCCGUUCUUACCCCCCAUGAUCUAUAUGGAUGAACUAAGUGAAUAGUGACCAAUCAGAGUUCACGAAAAAAUUCAAAUCUUUACCUGACCAAUCACAGUGUUUCUUCGUAUUUAAUAUUGUUUUUAUAAAUAAAAAUUUAUAUUCUUUACUAGAGUACUUAUUAAUACUCUUUCA